AUGGCUACCAAGGUUUACGUCGAAAGUCUCUCAUGGAACACUACGGAUGAAACCUUGAUGCAAGCUUUUUCCGCAUAUUGUAAUGUUCUAGAUGCAACUGUCUCGAGAGACGAAGACACGGGAAGGUCCAAGGGUUUUGGAUUUGUCACAUUCUCCACUAAAGAUGAAGCCGAAGCUGCGAUUGCAGGGUUGAAUGAUCAGGAGGUGGAUGGUAGUAAAGUGAAAGUGAGUCUUGCUGAUGAGGGACAGAUAACUCAAGAUCCCUCUGGUGAUGGUGAAGAUGCUUGA